AUUGCCUGCAGCUAAGUGCGAUUUGCAAAUGACUGAAACUCAGCGUGGAGUUGUUGCUUCUAUACCUUAUAUAGGUAUUUUAGCAUCUUCGUUUCCCUGGGGCUAUCUUAUCGAUACCUGUGGAAGAAAAAGAUCUCUAGUUUACAGUUCUCUGCUUGCUGGUAUAUUUUCAAUAACAUCUGCAUUUAUGCCAAAUUUAAUAUCAUUCGCUGUUUGUAAACUACUCGCGUCAUUGUGUUUAUCGUGUAUCGCGGCCGCACCAUACACCUAUAUGGCUGAAAUUUUGCCGCCUAAAUACAGAGAUUUGGCAGCAUCGGUUAUGAAUCCCCUACAAAUAUUGGGUUCCGCAUUAGUGCCUUUGUUGGCGUGGGGCAUUCUAUCAUUAGACUUCAGGCUAGAUUUCGGCGUCUACGUGUUUCGACCCUGGAGAUUACUGACAUUAGUCUAUGGAAGUUUUUUCAUCGUAGCUGCGACCCUAGCAUAUGAUGCUCCCGAAAGUCCCAAAUUCCUCAUGUCUCAAAAUAAAAUUGAAGAAUGUAUUAAUGUAUUGAAAAUCAUAUAUUUUAAAAACAAGGAGAAAGCACUCGACGAAUACCCUAUAAAAACUCUAAAAAGAGAGUCAUGCAGACUAACAGAUAGCUACGAUUUCUGCUCUUCGUUGAAAAGUCAGUCAACUCCUUUGCUGCAGCCUCCAUACAUUAAGUGGAUAGCUCUUAAUAGUUUUUUGCUAUUCGGAAUUUAUGCAAAUUUGAGUGGUCUCUACGUUUGGACUCCAGACUUUGUCAAUAGAAUACUCCUCUUCGGUGGGCUGAACGGUAGUUCUACUUGUGAUGUCAUAGUUCGCGAUUUGCCUGGGAAUUCAAUACGUAAUCUGACAUGUGACGACUCUCUUAACACCAACACCUCUCUCAUAAGCCUAACAGCGUGUUGUUUGUGCAGUAUUAUCGCAUUGCCAGUUAGCAUAAGCGUAAAGUUUAUUAGCAAAAAGACAUUGAUAUUCUUAGUUCUCUUCACUACCGGUAUCUCUUGCGUUUUGAUAAACUUUGUAAAGAAUGGUGUCCUGCUGGUAAUAUUAAUGCAGGCGUUGGUAAUGACCACGCUAGCAAUAGGACCUAUUGGAGCAUACACUACAGACCUUUUCCCGACACAUCUAAGAGGUAUGGCCAUGUGUUUGACAAUGAUGGUUGGUCGUUCAGGAGCGAUUUUUGGUUCUAACUUAGUCGGUUCACUUAUAAACUCGGCUUGUGAGGCUAAUUUCUACAUCUUCGGCGGUUUAUUAUUAAUUUGUGCAUUUUUCUCAUUCUGUCUUCCGAAUGACAAAUCAAAGAGAAACAACAAAACGAAGAUGGAAAUCACAAAGUUAUAAAAGUUAGUGUUUUAGUUAAAAAAAACAACAACAACAGUUUUAAGAUUACAGCUUGCAUCGCGUAAAAAGUAACAUUCAUGUACUAUUUUUUCCAAAAUACAUAGACAAGUAAGGACGUCAUAAUGUAUCGACUAAUAUACCAUGCAACCAAUCCACUAUAGUUAGUGUUUUAUUUGCCAUUAAUACCCAAACACACUUUUCCUACAAAGUGAACUCCUACAACCUAUCGCAGCGUAGUUAUUAGAAUUCCAAACCAUAAUAUUA